AUGGCUGAAACAAACCAAACUGCAAUUUCAGUUGUUGAACCUGAAGAUUUUGUUGAAACUGUGAAUGAAAAUACUGUGGAUAAUCCAAUUGUCAUCCCAUCUGAAGAUGUCAUUGCUACACCACCAAAUGAUGUUGGUGCUACAGGUGUUCCCAUACUUGCUGCACAAAGAUACAUCGGAAGCAAAAUUCAAGCAACCAUUCCUGGAAGAAUUGUGAAAGAUUUUACAAAUUCUUUCAAAGAAGGUUGUGUUAGACGAUUAUCAAGAUUUGACAGUUGUCUUAAUAUUAGUGGGGGAUUCAGGUGUGCUAAGCACGAAUACAAAAUUGUGUUCAUGUCAAACACAAAUGUUGAAGCUGCAUUUGAUUUUGACAUCCCAGAUCAUGUGUUUGAGUUCACACCAUUGGUAGAAGUUACAAACUUUGUGGCCAACUUUGAUUAUUGUUUUGGCCACAUCAUGGCUUACAGCGAUCCAAUUGUUAAAAAUGGAAAGAAGAGGAUUUCAGUGGAGCUUGAAGAUGAAAGGGCUAACAAGCUAAAGGUUGCUUUAUGGGGUGAACAUACUGAUCAAGUCACUAAAUACAUGUCUAACAAUCCUCCAUCUCCUGUGGUUCUCGUUGUUCAAUAUGUUAAGUGCAAAAAAUACUACUCAAAAGCUUUUGUUACUACUAAUCUUUUCAAUGGGAAGAUAUAUCUUGAUGAUAUGGCAAUACCCGACAUAUCAGAGUACAAAGACAGAAGUAGGGCCAAUGAAAUGAAAGCUGCAAGUAUCCAAAAAAUUUCAAUGCUUUCACAUGGUUCUGGAUACACAUCUUAUGAAGAAUUCAUAAAUGGAGCAAAACUUUUGUCAUUAGGUGACAUAGAUGAUCUUGAUGAGGCAGGGUAUGUUGUGAUUUUUAGCAAGAUCACAGGCUUAGCAAAAGAGUAUGAAUGGUCAUACAUUGGUUGUAGAGAUUGCAACAAGAAGGUGAAGGAAAUUGAAAAAGAAAAAGGUACCCGUAUUGUACCAUCAACGAAAGGAAGAAAUACCAGUGACAACAAGAAAUUUGGUCUUCAGAAAAAAUGGUUUUGUGGUAAUCAUGGCCCUGUGUCUGCUGUUGGUCCAAAGUUCAAGUUACAAGUGUAUGCAAUGGAUGCUACUGGCAGCAGAAUUUUGACCCUUUGGGACAGGAUGGUCUACAAUUUUAUCAGUAAGUCUGCAGAAAAACUCCGUGAACAGGCAGGAAAAGAUUACCCUAAAAUACUAGAUGAGAUUGUUGGCAAGAAAUGUCUGUUCAGGUUGGAUAUCUCUAGAUACAAUAUCAGGAAUAGUAGUAGUGAGAUUUCUGUUGCUAGGCUUACUACUGAUGCAGAAAUAAUCAAGAAGUACAUUGAUGAUGUUUAUGAAGAUCAGACUGCAGUAUCCUGCACUGGAGAUACAGAGAUAGGGAAUCGGGCCGAUGACAUGGCUGACAGUCUUCCUCCAAAAAAUAAAAGUGCAGGAAGUUGCGGUGAAGACAGUGUCAAAUCCAAUCCCAACAAACGUGUCAGAAAAUGUUGA